GCAGCACCCGCCAGGAAGGCAGCACUUGGACGCGAAGCUACAGGGAGCUCCAGCCCCAAUCCAACAUCAUCGAACAAGCUCCCCGUAUCAACCAACCCAACGUAAUCACCGACGACGAAACAGACUCCCACCGCUCUCGAGAAACGAUUCGAAACCCGAAUUCAUAGCCGCUUCCCAGACCACUGUUGUGUUACUACCCUCGACAACCCACCGCAGCCAUGGAUCACCGCCCGCAAGCCUGGGGUCGUCCCAGAGAUGAUGUCUACGGCGCCUACGAUGCCUCCUACCUCAACAACAGCGGUCCCAGAACCGUCACACAAUCACCCGUCGUAACAGGCACCUCGGUCAUCGCAAUCAAGUACAAGGACGGCGUCGUUAUGGCGGCCGAUAACCUGGCCUCCUACGGCUCUCUCGCCCGCUUCACCGACGUCAAGCGCCUCCGCACCUUCCUCGACACAACCGUCAUCGGCUUCGGCGGCGACGUUUCCGACAUGCAGUUCCUCGACCGCCACCUCAAAGAGCUAGCCACCGACGAAUCCUACGAGGUGGAACCAACCCUCGACGACCAAGACGACGAAGAAUCCUCCUCUUCCAAACCCGGCCACCUCAACGCAGCCAACCUCUUCAAGUACCUCCAAAAGCUCAUGUACCAACGCCGCAACUCGUUCGACCCCCUCUGGAACCAGAUCCUCGUUGCCGGGCUCGACUCGGACUCGAAACCCUUCCUCGCUUCUGUUGACUUGAGGGGAACAUCUUUCACUUCCCCGUCGUUGGCUACCGGGUUUGGCGCGGCGUUGGCUCAGCCCAUUAUGCGCAAGUACGCUGGCACAGAGGAGGACGCUGCCAAGCUUACGAGGGAGCAGGCGGUGGAGGUGGUCAAGGAGUGCAUGAAGGUGCUUUUCUACCGUGAUGCUAGGUCGCUGGAUCGGUAUUCCAUUGCGGUGGUGAACAAGGAUGGGAUUGAGCUCAAGGAGGAUGAGCAGCUCGAGAAGCAGAGUUGGGCGUUUGCUGAGCGGAUCAAGGGGUAUGGUACUCAAACUGUCUAAGGCUUGGGCUUGGGCUGUAGCAAUGAUGGGAGCAUGGGUUCUUAGAAAUGGAUGGGCAAGUCUUCGCCUUGUACUAUCAGCAAGCAUGUGCAAACGAAUGAAUGAUUCUGAGCAAAAAGUAGCUUGUGCCAGCAUGGCUCACCGGUUCAAGUUACGACUAACCUUGCAUCACGA